AUCACAUUACCCUAUAUAUAUGUCCAUCGUCUGAUCUCUCCAUGCAAUAAAAACACUACAAGCAAAAAAUUAUUUGAAAUUGAGUUGCAAAAGAUUUUGAGUGAUCCAUAUUGAAAUUAUCUACGCUUACAAAAAUGAUGAUGAAAUUGGUAGCAUUGCUUCUUCUGGUCAUUACCAUUUCCGCUGCCCCAUUGGGUCAUGGCCUAAUUGAUCAAAGCCCCGAAGGUGUUCAAAAAUGGUUCGAAGAAUUCCCAAAUGCAAAACCCAAGUUAACAAAGCUUCAUUUCUACCUCAACAACAUUGCCAGCAAGAAGCCUCCGAUGAGCGCCCCGGUUGCUCAGGCCGAAACUACGGCCAGUUCGCCGACCAGUUUCGGGUUAAUCACCGUGAUCGACGCUGCAUUGACCGCGACUCCCGGUGGAAAGGUCAUCGGCCGAGGUCAAGGGUUCUUUACUUUUUCCUCGCAGGAAGAACUAAGUGCUCUAGUGACGCUUAACUUUGUUUUCACCGACGGCGAGUUCGAUGGAAGCACCCUCAGUGUUUUGGGGAGGAACCCUAUUACUCAAACCUACCGGGAACUACCGGUGAUCGGUGGUUCUGGCGCUUUCCGGCUAGCACAAGGGAUUGCCACCGCCACGACUUAUUACCAAAAUGCCACGGCAGGAGAUGACAUUGUUGAAGUUCAUAUGGUUUUGUACCGUCAGACUCUUCCUGGUCGGGAUUCUGAUGAUUCUUGGGCUGCUGAGUUAUGAAGUGGAACUAAUAUUAACUAAGCCUUAUUAUGAUCCCUAGAAUAAUUUGUUCUUAAGUUCAGUUUCUUUUGUGUUGUAUAAUCACCUUCAGUUUGGUCUUGUAGUUAUAGUUUUAUGAAAUAUUUUGUAUUCAAUAAAAUUGGUCGCGGAUAUUGGGAAGUCUAGCCCUACUUUCCGCAACUUUCUAAUAAAGUGAUUUGUUCUUCUAGACUUCAUAUAUUCGAUCACAUGUUUUGAGUUCUUCUUCUCAUCAGAAUGCCAGCUAUCUUAUGCAUCUUUCUUACUUAGUUAUCUUUUUCUCUUGUACGAUCAAGUUUAGUUUAACGG